UUUAACGAGAAGGCCGAUGCUGUCGUCCCCUGUUUUAAGACCUUGGUCCAGGCCAACAUGAGAAACAAGAAGAUCUUCAAGGAGUCCAUCAUGCACAUGCAAGCCAAAGGAACCACUGACUACAAGUCUGGCUUCCAGUUCGCCUUCGAACAGCUACUCAAUGUAAGACUAAGAGCCAGCAGUCAGUCACGCGCUCUGGGGUUUAUUUCAGGGUGGUAGGUUAGGUCUUCCAUGAAUUGUCCAUGGUGUAAGACAUGCUAAUUACAAUAUUGACAUCCAAUUGACAUUGGAAUUGAUAUUGGAAUUGACCCUGUGCUACCAAGCCACUCUUUAGACAAUCAGAGGAUUAUGCCUCAUCUGAAUGGAGCCCAAAGGGGCCGCUAGUUAGUCAGUCAGUCAUUCUGAUUAGGAACUGCCACUGCAGUGGGAUGAUGGCGAUGGUGGCGUUUAGGGCUAGCCAGCACAGCAGUGGUCCCUGUCUGUUUGUGCAGCAGGGCGGCUACCAGGCAGGCAUUGCUGUCUGUCUGUCUGUCUGUCUGUCUACACAGGUGCUGCCUCAGCUCAGCUCAGCUCUCUAUACUCCUAUAUAUUAUAGGAGGCUGCGGUCCUUAUAGGCUCUGAUGGGUUGAUUGAUGAGAGUGAGGAGAUCAGCCACAGACACUUUAUAUUCUUCUGGUGGGCAGAGAGGCACGGAGCCAAGCGCCCAGCCUAGCCCAGCCCAGCCUGCCUCCCCACAUAGCAAAUCGAGAAAUAAAAAGGCCUUUUAAUCAGUGUCUGCCGCAUUCCCCAUGAUUAGUGUCAGAAGCGUAAUAAAAAUGUGUAAUUGUGGGAAUAUUAUUUAUCUUUAUUAGCAUCUUCGUCAGAGUGACAUUCCGCUGGCCUGGGUAUCAAUGGCAGCUGUCAGGCAGGCAGACUGGGGAGGAGAGGAGGGGGAAAGGGAGGAGGGAGAGGAGGGGGGCUACGCCUAGAACUCAAUCCAUAUCACAGGAGUAUGCUAAGAACCAACACCUGGCCACGGAACACGUUUAACCAACGCCUGGCCACGGAACACGUUUAACCAACACCUGGCCAUGGAACACAUUUAACCAACGCCUGGCCACGGAACACGUUUAACCAACGCCUGGCCACGGAACACAUUAAACCAACGCCUGGCCACGGAACACAUUUAACAUCGGCACAGGAUAAUUUACCCUACACACACAGAGAUAGAGUUGAAGUCGGAAGUUUACAUACACCUUAGCCAAGUACAUUUAAACUCAGUUUUUCACAAUUCCUGACAUUUAAUCCUAGUAAAAAUUCCCUGUUUUAGGUCAGUUAGGAUCAUCACUUUAUUUUAAGAAUGUGAAAUGUCAGAAUAAUGGGUCAGAGGUUUACAUACACUCAAUUAGUAUUUGGUUGCAUUGCCUUUAAAUUGUUUAUCUUGGGUCAAACGUUUCGGGUAGCCUUCCACAAGCUUCCCACAAUAAGUUGGGUGAAUUCCUCCUGACAGAGCUGGUGUAACUGAGUCAGGUUUGUAGGCCUCCUUGCUCGCACACGCUUUUUUAGUUCUGCCCACACAUUUUCUAUAGGAUUCAGGGCUUUGUGAUGGCCACUCCAAUACCUUGACUUUGUUGUCCUUAAGCCAUUUUGCCACAACUUUGGAAGUAUGCUUGGGGUCAUUGUCCAUUUGGAAGACCCAUUUGCGACCAAGCUUUAACUUCCUGACUGAUGUCUUGAGAUGUUGCUUCAAUAUAUCCACAUAAUUUUCCUUCCUCAUGAUGCCAUCUAUUUUGUGAAGUGCACCAGUCCCUCCUGCAGCAUAGCAUCCCCACAGCAUGAUGCUGCCACCCCCGUGCUUCACAGUUGGGAUGGUGUUCUUCGGCUUGCAAGCAACCCCCUUUUUCUUCCAAACAUAACGAUGGUCAUUAUGGCCAAACAGUUCUAAUUUAUGUUUCAUCAGACCAGAGGACAUUUCUCCAAAAAGUACGAUCUUUGUCCUCAUGUGCAAUGGCAAACUGUAGUCUGGCUUUUUUAUGGCGGUUUUGGAGCAGUGGCUUCUUCCUUGCUGAGCAGCCUUUCAGGUUAUGUCGAUAUAGGACUCGUUUUACUGUGGAUAUAGAUACUUUUGUACCUGUUUCCUCCAGCAUCCUCACAAGGUCCUUUGCUGUUGUUCUGGGAUUGAUUUGCACUUUUUGCACCAAAGUACGUUCAUCUCUAGGAGACAGAACGCGUCUCCUUCCUGAGCGGUAUGACGGCUGCGUGGUCCUAUGGUGUUUAUACUUGCGUACUAUUGUUUGUACAGAUGAACGUGGUACUUUCAGGCAUUUGGAAAUUGCUCCCAAGGAUGAACCAGACUUGUGGAGGUCUACUUUUUUCUUUCUGAGGUCUUGGCUGAUUUCUUUUGAUUUUCCCAUGAUGUCAAGCAAAGAGGCACUGAGUUUGAAGGUAGGCCUUGAAAUACAUCCACAGGUACACCUCCAAUUGACUCAAAUUAUGUCAAUUAGCCUAUCAAAAGCUUCUAAAGCCAUGACAUCAUUUUUUGGAAUUUUCCAAGCUGUUUAAAGGCACAGUCAACUUAGUGUAUGUAAACUUCUGACCCACUGGAAUUGUGAUACAGUGAAUUAUAAGUGAAAUUAUCUGUCUGUAAACAAUUAUUGGAAAAAUUACUUGUGUAAUGCACAAAGUAGAUGUCCUAACCGACUUGCCAAAACUAUAGUUUGUUAACAAGAAAUGUGGGGAGUGUUUGAAAAACGAGUUUUAAUGACUCCAACCUAAGUGUAUGUAAAUUUCCGACUUCAACUGUAUGAACACUUCAAUCAAAGAUAUGUGGAUGUAUUGUGCACUGUACAUGCAGGUUAUACAUUAGCUAACAUAUUAGAACAUAGACUCUACAGCUGUUCGAAGGCGAACUGGAAGCCAGACUUUGCUCAAGCAUUCUUUUCUCUUGUGAUGAACCAAGACACAAUUUUUUUGUGAUUACCUGGAGGGAGAGGCUAUACUUUAUAAUGUUUGUGUCCACUUUACGGUCUCCCCCCGCUAUCACUAAUCACUCUCUAUCUGAUCUCUUGGAUCUCUUCUUCUUUCUCUCUUUCCCCACUCCCAUCCAGCGAGCGAGAACGAAGAAGAGAGACCCACUAAUCAUUCCGAAAAUGGCUGUAUUUGUAUCUGAAUCCUGUAACCCUCUCCCUCUCCCUCUAGAAAGGAGAAAGGAAAGCCUCUACUCUCUCUUCCUCUUCCUCUUCCUCUCUCUCUAUGUUCCACAGGAUACCGGCGCCCCGAGGGCAGGCUGCAAUAAGAUGAUAAUGAUGUUUACAGAUGGAGGGGAGGAUCGUGCACAGGACAUCUUUGAGAAGUACAACUGGCCCAACAAAACCGUGAGUCUGUCCCCAAACAACAAUGAUAUAUUCAUCAAUCCUAGUCUGCCAAUGAAUCAGGCCAUGCAUGUUUAUGAGUUGAAAACCAGUCUGUACUCUCCCUUCUCUCUCUCUCAUCCCCUAUCCUUAUCAAAAAUAUCCGAUGUUUCUCACAUUAGGUGCCAUUCUUUUGGUGAGAAUCUUAAUGAUUCCAAAAGUUCCAUCCUUGGACAUAGAUCCAGCCUUUUGGGGUGUCUGUUCAGAUCCUCUUUUCCUCCACUAUGCCCACAUCACCCUUAUCAAAUAAAUAGAUCGAGAGAGAGGACGGCAAAGAGAGAUAGACAUCUCUUCUCUCUCCCUACUCUCAAUUCUAAUCGUUCUCUCUCAUCUCUACUCUCUCUCUCUCUAUACUCUCUCUCUACUCGCUCUACUCCUCGCUGUAUCUCUCCUCUUCUCUAUACUCUUAGCUCUAUCACGAUCAGUCAUCUCCUCUCUCUCUCCUUCAUCUCCUCUCCACUCUCUCUAUACCUUCUCUAUCAUCUCUCUCUCUUCUCUCUCUCUCUCUCUCUCUCUUCUCUCUCUCUCUCUCUCUCUCUCUCCCUCCCUGUCAUUUCUCUUUCUCUCUCUUUUCUUGUCUUGCUGCUGGUGUUAACAGCUCUGACCUGGUGACUAAUUAGCCACUUUAUCAUCAGAGCCCAUGAAAUUACAGCCAACACAUGCACUCAUUCACUCUCUUUCUCUCUCCCUGUCUAUCUUUCUCCCUCUCCUACUGUUUUUUUCUCUUCAUCCUUGCUCACAUGGCUUGAAAUGCUGCUGCCAUUUUGCUUUCUCACUGUGCGAGAAGACUGUUGAUUUUACUGAUCUCAGUUUUAUCUCUCUGCCCACUAUCUCCUCACCUUCCAGAUUCGAGUAUUUACCUUUUCAGUCGGGCAGCACAACUAUGAUGUCACCCCUUUGCAGUGGAUAGCUUGUGCCAAUAAAGGUGAGGAGAGAGGGUGUACCUCUAAAGUGUAAUGACAUGGAGAGACUUUACAUCUACAGUCGUAGAUAGAGGAGAACAGAAGCUCGUUCUGCGGCCUAUCAACAUUCCCCAAGUCUAGCAAACAGAAACCCGAAAAUAUGUGAUAUUAUUAUGUAAUCAUAUAACCAAACUCCAAUCAAACUGCCCAACUGUCCCCAACCUAGAUGACUAAGCUAUCCUCCUUUCCUCCUUGCCCAUUAGUCCUCAUGACCUCAUCACCUCAUGCCCAUCCUGAACCAUAACCAAUGUAUUCCACUUUUCUGUUCUCUCUGUAUCACUCUUUUUCUACUGUUUCUGGAAGAAACAUGUCUCUCUCUCUUCAUCUCUCUUCUAUCUCUCUAUCUCUCUGAUCGUCUCUGAUCUCUUCUCUCUAUCUCUCUCUCGAGAUCUCUCUCUCGCUCCUCUCUCUCUUCUCUCUCUUCUCUCUCUUCUCUCUCUCUCUCUCUCUCUCUUCUCUCUCUCUCUCCUCUCCUCUUCUCCUCUCUCUCCUUCUCUCUCUCUCUCUCUCUCUCUCUCUCGCUCUCUCUCUCUCUCUCCCUUCCCCUAUCUUGUUUGAUUUCUCACUGUCUCAACAUUUCUCUAUUACGCCGAGCUCUCCCUUCUUCCCAUCACAGGAAGCAUCCCUCCUAUAGAAGGCUAAUUAGUUCAUUUCCAGUGGAGCCUUCAGAGUGCUUCAGAAGUGCCUCCCUCCCCACAAGUUGUAAUUCAUUAUCGGGUGGAGCCUGGCUGUGUGGUGAUAACCGUGGCUACCAUCUCUCAGUCAGGCAGGCGGCAUGGGGGAAGUCCAGGAUUACUCCUAUGUGCCAACAUGCCACUCACUCUAAUCAUUAGCAUAGCACCAAAACCAAUGCCAACCUAAGACAAUGCUUAUUGAGGUCAUCUCCUCUGUGGACCUGUCCUUUUACAUAUAGUAAUACAGCACAGUGCUUAUUGCGCUUCUUUGGUAUCACACGCAAACAGAGAUACCCUGCUGACAUGUCGAGCCCAACCUUCUCCCCCAGAACACACACUUACACACACACAUGGAUCCGCCUCACAAACACAUUACACACCCAGCUCCCUCUUGACUAGCCUCACUGUUGUCUCACUUGACUUGUGCUGCAAUCCCUUCUUAAGUGGAACCUAGCCCGGCUCCGUCUCACUGUGGGCUGAACUUUUCUCCUCUCUCCGGUGGCUGGGUGUAGACCUCUGGUCCAUGCUCUCUCUCUCUGGUGGCUGAAGACCUGGGUGUAGAGCUCUGGUCCAUGCUCUCUAGUUUCUGAAGACCUGGGUGUAGACCUCUGGUCCAUGCUCUCUAGUUUCUAUGUCGCUUUCUCCCCUCGUCCCUAUUGGCCUGCUCUGCCCUACAACUGGACAUGUCACAGUCUCUGGCAGGCAGCCAAAAACACUAAGCAAAGGGAGGAGCUACGGUCAUAGGAAGUGUGUGUGUGUGUGUGUGUGUGUGUGUGUGUGUGUGUGUGUGUGUGUGUGUGUGUGUGUGUGUGUGUGUGAUUUAUUAAAAACGCCAGGCGUUAUUGUCUCUUAACAUUCUGGGGAUGUUGUCUCCAUUUCGCGGCUCUUUGUAUAAACACUCUGUACUUUAAUAACUUGGGGAGCGGCAGCAGUUAUUGACCCAGAGACAGAGUGUCUCUCCUCUCCUCCAUCCCUAAUCAGCAGUCCUGCUCUGUUCUGGCUGGGGUACAGCAGCAGCAUCCUCAAUGAGCCCCUCACACACAUUACAUUGACAUCCUGCAGUAAAAUGAUGGUGAAACUGGAGGUCAAUGGCCAAUUGUUUCCCCAUAGCACCCUAAUGCAAAUCAAUCACAGAGUACACACACACGUGUACUUGCGUAUGCUUCCACACACACACACACACACACACACACACACACACACACACACACACACUCACACACACACACACACACACACACACCACACACAAACACAAACAAAUCUGCAGCAAAUGACAUAAUGGCCAACACCGUUAAUGGGGUACUAAAUGCAAUUUUCCCAUAGAGAACAAUCAGCCUUCUGCUGAGGAGUCAUUUUGAAAUGAUAGCACUACAUGUGCUCUAAUAGCUAGAGACUUCGCUGGGUUGUUGUGUUAUUUCACUUAUGCAUAGCAAUAUUACCUUUACAAUGCAUACUACAAUAGAACAGUUACAUGUUGUUGGUUAUUAUCACUGUGGAUCCACUGAACAGAUUCUCUCACUUUGAUCUUCAGGAUUCUACUACGAGAUUCCAUCCAUUGGAGCCAUUAGAAUUAACACACAGGUGAUAUAUCCUUCCUUCAGUGUGUGUAUGUGUGCAUUUGUGUGAAUCCUUACUGUAACUUCACUUAGGGUGUGUUUUCUAGGUCAUUUUGAGUUCAUUACUCUCUUUAAAGAUAAUUAUGCAGAUUGUAGAUAAUGCCUUUAAAUAUUCCAUUACAAAAUGACACAAGGAGGCUUGGAAAGAGGAAUAGAGAGUAAGUUACAGGGAGAGAUAGAGCUCUCUUCUGUCUUCCUGCAGGUCUCAGUAAACUCAGUGAGCCAGAGGCUGUGUUGCCUAAUCCACCCCUCCUCGAGUCCACUACACUACCCACCACACAGACACACUCCUCCGGGUCCUCCGCCCCUCACACCCCCGUGGCCCCUCCACCCUCCUACGCUCCCCUCCACUCUGCUGCAGGCACUACCAGGUUCCACAAUCUUAGAAAAAAAGGUGCUAUCUAGAACCUUAAAUGGUUCUUCAGCUGUCCCCAUAGGAGAACCCUUUGAAGAACCCUUUUUGGUUGCAGGUAGAACCCUUUUGGGUUCCAUGUAGAACACUUUCUACAGAGGGUUCUACAUGGAACCCAAAAGGGUUCUACCUGGAACCCAAAAGGGUUCUACCUGGAACCAAAAAGGGUUCUACCUGGAACCAAAAAGGGUUCUCCUAUGGGGACAGCCAAAGAACCCUUUUGGAACCCAUUUUUAAGAGUGUAGAGCCCCUUGGGAUCAGCUCAUUCCAGCUGUAGAAAUUGAGUGAGUUGCUCGUCCCCAGUGUACUUAGUAACACAUAGCUGAUGCAGCCUGUGUUUCACAGUGUAGUUGCCCAAACAGACAGGAUGCUAGUUGGUUGGCCUGGGCCAUGCAUGUAAAGUAGUCCUUGGUCGUAGCAACACAUUAACCCACAGAACCAUUAGCUUGGACCCUGGACCCUGGCCUUUCCCUUGGACCUCCACAGCCUUUCUGCUGGCUGACUUUUAUGUUUGCUAAAUUGUUCUAGUCAGGUGAAAAAUGUCCCCUAUAUCCUGUGAAAAGGUCUGCCUGUCAUCAUCCUGAUGAAAUAUCUCCCUGUGGUGCGAGCGUUAAACGGGAGUUUUAGUGAGCUGAUAAUAGAAUAGGUUACGCCUGUCAGCACCUCAGUGUUCAGUCCAUGAAUAACAAACGGUCAAAGGCUCAACACUAAAACAGCACUGUUCUCAGUGUGUUCACACUGGGCGACCCCCCUUGUGUAGAAGAUGGAUACAUAGACUGUUAUGGGUAGGGUCUGAGUUGUGCUAUAAUGGAAUAUACCAUUAUGUAAAGGGAGCAUUAUUUACUGACUAUGUGAAUAAGACCUCUUUUGCAGACUAAAAGGCACUGCAUGGUCAAUCCCUUCGUCUGCAUUGGCCGUGUAGCAUUUAUGGUGAUAUGGCCUCUGCAGAAUUCAGGGCAUUCCUACUUCUUGCGCUUCGUGGAGCAGCUCAGAGCUGUUAUGAAGGAAGUUGUCAAGGAAGUGAGUGUGUGUUUAUACAGGACCUCCCGCCCUCACCUACCGUCAACCAAUCAUGUCAAUGCGGAGCUAUACAGAGCCUUCACAUUUUUACAAAGUUUGAGAGACGCACGCAAUGCGGUACGGAGCUCGAUUUGGCCUCUGCUGCCUCCAAAGGCUCCGCAAUUGCGUCAUACCCUCCAUACCGCGCCUCCAACCACAUUUUCGGAUCAAGCAUAAAUUGGCUUUAACUCCCUAUUUUGUAGACGUGAUCAGUGUAGUUUAACUACCUACAUCUUUAGUUGGAUUAGGAUAGAAUUUCCCUGAAAUCCUCACCCACAAUUGAGAUAUAUUGGAGUUGGUGAAGCGGUCACCAAAGCCUGUUGUUUUCUCAUGAUUAAUUUGAACAGAAACAGCAGGGACUCACUAAGACAUUUCACUGACAUCUAGGAUCAAACUCCCAAGGUCCAAAGGUUUCCUUAUCAGAUUUGGGCGAUGUGAUCCCUGUCACUGUGUCACACAGUCACUGAUUUCCCCACAAUCCCCAAUAGCAGCAUUCCAUGGAUCAAUACAUUAUUCAGAAAAACACAUUUGACGUUUUGAAUCUAUUAAAUAAACCUAAGGAAAAGAGAAUGUGAUGAAUGUGAUGAAUCACUCGUAAGUUUAACCCUUAACCCCUGUUUUCAAACACAGAGAGGUGUUUAUACACUGCUGUGGUUAACACAGAGAGGUGUUUAAACACUGCUGUGGUUAACACAGAGAGGCGUUUAUACACUGCUGUGGUUAACACAGAGAGGCGUUUAUACACUGCUGUGGUUAACACAGAGAGGUGUUUAUACACUGCUGUGGUUGACACAGAGAGGUGUUUUCACACUGCUCUGGUUAACACAGAGAGGUGUUUUCACACUGCUGUGGUUAACACAGAGAGGCAGUGGGAGAUUGGCAUGUUUGUGCCACGUGCCUCUGACACUCCUAAUGUGUUUUUAGUAGCUGCUUCAUAUUGAUGAGUAAUGGCCCUAAAUGUCUAAAGACCGUCCGCAGGCCCUACUGCUCCUCAAGUCUGGGCUGCUUCUACUGUUCGCCCACUGGUUUAUAUAACAGUGAGAAGACUUGUAAGGGUCUUGUAGUUUUACGAUGACUGUAAGACAAUCACUAUAAUUAAGCAAUAAGGCCCAAGUGGGUGUGGUAUACACUACGGCUAAGGCCUGUUCUUAUGCGCAACGCGGAGUGCCUGGAUACAGCCCUUAGCCGUGGUAUAUUGGCCAUAUACCACAAACCCCCGAGGUGCAUUAUUUCUAUUAUAAACUGGUUACCAACAGUAAUUAGAGCAGUAAAAAUAUAUGUUUUGUCAUACCCGUGGUAUACGGUCUGAUAUACCACGGCUGUCAGCCAAUCAAUUCAGGGCUCGAACCACCCAGUUUAUAAAGCAAUAUAUGGUGUGUGUGUGUGUUUGUCAUUGCUCUGACGUGUGUGUUCUCCUCCCUGUCUCAGGAGUACCUGGAUGUGCUGGGUCGGCCUAUGGUGCUGGCAGGGCCCAAGGCCAAGCAGGUCCAAUGGACCAACGUCUACCAGGAUGCUCUGGUAAGACACAGACUAUCCCACUGAUGAGUAGCAACACAAUUGUCAAGUUACAGUACAUUAAUUAAUUUCUGUUUUAAUACUAAGACCAUUGUAAUGCAGUUUACCCAGUACUAGCCAAAAACCGAAACCCUUUAGAAUUAGUUGCUUGCAAACUUCUAUUUUGAGUCCUACCUAUAACAAAGCUAUGUUUUAGAUGGAAAAAAAUUAUAUAGAUGCUAACACAACCUUCUGAAGUCCCAUAUACUGAGACUUUGAUGUUAAUAUGUUGUUUGUGUGUUCAGGGUCUGGGUCUGGUCAUAACUGGGACCAUGCCGGUCUUCAACCUCACCGCUGAUGCCAACUCUCAG